CGACGCCUCCACGUGCAACAGCUCAACAGUGAGCACUCUCCAUCUGGUCUUCCUCAAUCGCGAUCCGGGCGCCGCAUCAUUCGGUUUCCGCCAUAACAUGCUCCGGCCCCAGUCUCGGCCCUCGUCUUGUUUGCUCGCGGGUGGCUUUUCCUCUUUUCCCUUUGACGAAGUUUGGGGUUCGUGUUUCCCUCAACUGGUCGAGCCUCUCGACCCUGGUUCGAGUGGUCCCACAUAUUGUGUCGCCCGGAUUUGCUCCUUCCGAUGCAGCAGCACCCGCAGAAACCAAUAUUCAAUUCGCGUUCCGGUCCAUGUGCGUGCCGAUUAGUAGGUGCUGGGAACUCUUCCGCCAUACUUGUGUUAGACAGUCCAUGUGCCUCCCGAGUCGAGCGCAUCAGCAAGAAGGUCUGAAUUUGGGAAGGUUUUUCUGUACAGGGGUAUCAAAUCUCCUCUCUGUGUCACCCUACUGUCGAUUGAAGAGUUUUCCGGAGGUCGGAGGUGGUGGUGGUGGUGGUGAAGCUGCACACUAGACAGGAAGGCACCGUUGUUGAGGAUUAGUGUAGGUGCUAUCUCAAUAACGUGCCUUUUUCCAUGCAGCCACUUAGUGACGAGCAUCUGGCUCUCUUUUCACCCGGAGUGCUAGAUAGCAGUGGCUAUGGCGGUUGGAGUGAGGGCUUCAGCGCCCUACCAAUCGUUUUUCCGGAAGUGGAGCUGAAAAGGGGACAGCGAAAAGAAAGCAAGAUCUGGAAAGAUGGCGUGCCAGUGGAAUUUGACCAAAAUGGCGAUAUAGAGUACUCUCUGGACGCUGGAGUAUUGCACUGGCCAGAAGGGGAGGCUUGGAAGAAUCACCAGAGCAUGAAGCUCGUGGAAGGUCAAAGUAAGGAAAGAAAGCACAGAAAGGAAAAGAAAGAGCUGAAACAUGAAGAUUAUAACAGCUCAGAUGGGGAAGGGAAAGCUGGCAGGAAGCGGAAGCGCAAAGAGAUUGAGACAGCAGUUCCAUGGACUGAGGACAUGGUGAAAUAUUUGUUCGAGACAUAUGAUGACGUGCACCGAAGGUUGUACAUUGAGAGCCGAGGGAAGGUGAAGAAUCAGAAGAAAUGGGACCCGAUCAUUAAGACUAUGCAGGAGAAGUUUGGCCGAGAAUUCACCAAAAACCAGUGUGAGAGUAAGUACUGGAAAGUGCGUCGUGAAUGCACGAAGUACAAACUUAGGCUGGAGAAACGUGCGCAGCAUGAAACAGAUGCUUUGUCCGGCAAAGCUGUGAGGGAGUUGCUGAAGCCCAAGUUCUACGACGUGUGGCUGGAAGUUGCUGGGGAUAAUCCUACCCGAAUGCCUGAGAUUGAGGUCUCGUCAGGCUCCGAAGACGAGGGGUCAGAAUUCCCUAGCAGAACUCCUGGGAAUGAAGAUGUCUUAGGCGAAGGCAAAGAAGAGGGAGAACCAAGUCACCAUCGCCAGGGCUCCUCGAGCGUCGCCAUUGUGCGUGAAAUGCAGCAGCUGUUCACAAUGCGGCUUGAAGCCUCUGAGAAGAGGCAGGAAGAGCUCAACAUUCGUGCCGAGUUGACAAUGGAGCUAUUUCGGCAGCACAUGGAGAGGAUGGAACGAACAGUUCAUUCUGGGGAAGGUCAGAGGCAGCGGCAACUGGAGAUGAUCGAGGGCGUGGAUACCAAGCUCGAUAGGCUUGUGAAUGGGCUGGGCGCCUUGAACAAGAGCAUUAGCGCUAUUAUAGCCAGAGUCACGUCCAUGCAACGGUAGAAUUCACCGCAGGUACUCAUCCUUGCGAACUCAAGUUGCAGACGCCGUCUGCUUACGAAUGUAUCAUAGAAUUGAGUUGCAGUUAGGUGGUGGGUGCUCACGGCAACGUGAUGUGAUUGCCCUUGGCACGCGUGCAACUUGGUGUGUGGUCGGUUGUAGAUAGUGUAGGUGGAGAGGUAGUGACUCCGUAGGCAGUAGAGAUGAUGGCGAUGACGACGGUGAAUCUCAGAUAGCCGAACAUGCAUGCACAAGGGGCAGGAAACGGAGAGAGUGAUGAAGCCACCGGAAUGGCUCAGUUUCGUACCCACAUGGAAAGAAGUAGAGAACGUGACGAAGGCAGGGGUGUUGUCCCGGCUUUGUAUCAGCUGCUGCAAUACCCUUGCCGGUGACAUACUUGCAGAACUUAAGAGUAGAUUUGAAUUUAAGAGUAUGUUGUGACUGUUCCUCGCAUGGUUGGUGAGAAGGGGUAUGACCUUCGCCGACUGCCCUUGCUGAGGUGAGUUGAAUGGGAAUUGUUAAGUUGCAAUGGCAUUGCCACCGUUCAACUUCACUCUGCUUUUAUCGA